GGAUGGCGGAAAUGGUACUUCAUGACAUGAUUUUCAAACCUCUAUGAAUCACAUAUGAUCUGUCAUAUAAGAAGGCAUCGGAUGGCGGACAGUAAUAUCAGUCAAACAGAAGACGUCAGUCAUGUUGGUGACACUCUUGCCCUUUUUUUUAGUCGCGAAUGUCGUCGUCGAUGACUCUCGCCGACAAUCUGAAUGGACGACGUACGGUGCGGAAUGCACAUACGACGUUUUCGUGAACAUGUCCCUGGCCAAUGUUGUCCAUGAGGGUGACAAUUACUGCUCCAUGAUCGUCUCUGAGCUCAAGUGCCGACCCAAAGGAGACGACAGCCUCAGCUGCUACUUCGGCAGUUUCAACAUCAGGCGUCCUGAUCCUAAAAAAAGCAGAUGCACGAACACGUUAGAUCUCUCGACACAACAGAAGUUCCUAGACGAGAAACCGUUCGAGAUCAGGUUUAAUCCGCACGGCAUCGAGAACCUGGUGGUGCACAGAACGAUUCCCAGAUGGAGGCUGGCCCUGAUCAAGAACAUUGUCAGCCAGCUGAACAUCGGCUUUAAGGUGCAGGAAAAUCGCGAUAGAUUCAGCAUGCAGGACAACUCGGCGAUCGGUCAGUGCGAGGCCGAUGUCCAGAUCAUUCGCGGAGAUCCAGAAUCCGCGGAGGACGAUGACGACGAUGACUCUUCUGCGGUGGGUGCGAACUUCAUGAUUGGAUUCGCGUCAUCGAAUAACAACUUCACGCAACCCAUCGAGAAGACAUUCCGGGUGAAGAAGGUGCGAGACGCGAAGAGGUGCACGCGAACUACGAACAUCGGGAACCAGCAGACUCUUAGUCGCAACAAUCCAUUUGUCCUCACGAACAUGACUGAAUCCAUCAGCCACAUCGAGAUCUCAAAAGACAGAUUCAUGACCUACACAAUAUCGGAGGGUAUGAGAAAGGGGAACAUGACGCAGAUUAUGCGAUCUCGUGAGAAUCUACGUUUGAAGUUGAAGCGGAUAGAUUUUGCUCGAUCCCCGUUGCCGGAGAUUCAAGAUCCAAGCGCAACUGGCAUACUCGCUUUCUCGGAUAUAGAAUAUGUCCGUGAAUAUCCCUCUCAAUAGAUGAGGAAGAUCCAAUUAAUUCAUCAUAAUGAAUAAAACCGAAGAGAAUAUAUAUUAUAUAAACAUAUGUAUUAUAUAUGCAUUAUAAAAAUUAGUGGCAACUAAACUUCUUUAAUUCAACUACUAAUGAAUUGUAUUUUGUAGAACUCUAAUUAUAUAAUAAUAAUAAUUAUAAUAAAAAACUGUUUAACAUGAGAAUAUGAUGCACGAUUAAUACGACUUUUUUUAUAUCAUUACAGUACUUGUUCUUAACUGAAGCUACUGCUUCAACAAUUGUUUCUCUUACAAUCCAUGCAACAAAAUAACUGUAAAGAAAACUCUAAUAAUUUAAAAUUAUCUUAAGUGGCACUUAACAAAUCUCCGAGAAGUGUUCGUCAUCGUACAAUUUAUUAAACAUGUGCGUGCGCCCAAGUUUACCGGAAAUAGAUGCUUUACGCUUUGAAAAGUUUUCUCUUGCGACAUUAUAAGAUAUCAUAAUUAUCCUAUAACUAUAAUGUAGAGAUAAUUGUAUAAUUACACUUGAAGAAAUAUAUAAUACUAUU